AUGGCUGCUCUCCAUACCAUCACUCCAAAUCAGAAGGAAGAAGCCCUACCUCCCGAUACUUCUUCUGAGUUCGCAACUAGCAGAAGCAAGGACGUCGAAAAUACUAAUGAGUGGCUUACAACCAAAGACGGCGUACCUCGCUGCUUCCACCACGGCUUUAACGCCGGGAUUUUCUACCACUUUCCUAGUCAGCAGCAGGGUGGUGGAUGUGGUCGUGGAGGUCAGUCCAAUGGCUAUGGUGUUGCUGGUAUCUACCGCGGUGGAUGGAAUGGUGGAAACAACAGAGGCUACCACCCCUACUGA